GCUACUUCUGAAAUCCUGUUUCUUCAGUGAAACUUUUCAGUUAAUUAAAAGAGAAAUCUGGCUUCACCUUUAUAUCAACUUUAUUAUUCAGGGAUAAAGUUUAACCAUCUAUGAUACAUGGCUUCUUCACUUUAAUUUUAAUGGACGCAUUUAUUCUGUGCAUGGAAACUGACACGAGUCUCUGUUUUAUGCUUAUAUUUUAAGCAGUGGACUUGCUUGGCACAGUAAACAUGAAUUUCAGUUCUGCUGGUCCUUGGUCAUUUGUUUUGCUUAAGAAAGAGUUUAUGAUCGCUUCUCGGCCUUUUGGCUAAAAUUAAGUGAAGAAAGAGUUUAUGACCUGUGGAUGAAUAUGAAAUAAAACGCUGUUAAAUUUGUGUGGGUUUUGUUGGGGCUGCCGUAGAAAAGUACCAGAGACCGGGUAAUGAAACGACAGAAAUGUAUUCACUCGCAGCUCUAGAGCCUGAAGUCUGAGAUAACGGCGUUGGCAGGGUUGACUUCUUUUGCAGCCGUGCUCCUUGACUUUCUUCCCCCUGUGUCUUCACUAGGCCUUCCCUCCAUGUGUGUCUUCUCUAUAAGGACACCAGUCAUACUGGAUAAAGGCCCAUCCUGAUGAUCUCAUUUUGACAUAAUCACAUCUUUAAAGCUUUUCUCCAAAUACACGCACUUGCUGAGUGCUCAGGGUUAGGACCUCAACGUAUAAUUUUGGUGCAACACAAUUCAGCCAUAACGAAGUUUAAAUGUAUAACAUGGUUGUCCUAAACUUUGAUGAUCAUUAAAACAAAAAUUGCCUUUAAAUUUUAAAAAUAGGCGAAAGGAGAGGACAUCCUGAAGGAGAGGAGAUUGUAGGAUAUUGGUUGUGAUCUGGCUUCGAACUGGCUAAGUGAUUUAGGGUGAAAUUCAUAGUAGUUAAGACUUUUGUUUGUACUUUCCAACUGUUUGGAUUCAAUGACAGUACCUUCUAAGUACCUCUAAGAUGUUGUGAUUCUCUCUUAAUAACUGUUUGCAAUUACAGUAAAACUUUGGUUGGCGAGCAUAAUUUGUUCCACAAACAUGAUUGUAAUCCAAAGCACUUGUAUAUCAAAGCGAAUUUCAAGAACCAUUGGUUCAGUUGUGAUCAUGUGAUGUUUGGAAUCACGUACAACUUGUAUUGCAAGACAUCGCUGGCUUUUCAAAUUAAAAUUUAUUAGAAAUGUUUGCUCAUUGGGGCGCUGGGGUGGCUCAGUUGGUUAGGCGUCUGACUUCGGCUCAGGUCACGAUCUCAUGGUUUGUGAGUUCGAGCCCCGCAUCGGGCUCUGUGCUGACAGCUCAGAGCCUGGAGCCUACUUUGGAUUCUGUCUCCUUCUCUCUCUGCCCCUCCCCACACGUGCUCUGUUUCUCUGUCUCUCAAAAAUAAAUAAAUGUAAAAAAAAAAAAAAAAAUGUUUGCUCAUCUUGCGGAACACUUGCAAAACAUGUUACUCGCAAUCCAGCGUGUUACUGUAGACCCUACUGCUUAUUUAGGAAGAUGCUUGGAGAGGAAUUUUUAUAACUCCGUGUUUCCUGGGUGGAAUGUUGAAGAGCAGAGCUUGUGUCAAAUGGGCCUUGAUUUGAAUUCCAGGCCUUUCCUUCUAUAGCAAAGCUGAAGAAAAUGACUACAGAAAUCCUUCUCUUGGCAUCUUACCAGCCGUGUGGCUGUGGACGGGUUUUGUAGCUCCCUUGUGCCCUAAAGUUAGUCAUCUAUAAAUUGGGAAUAGAGGUGUUAGGAGGCUCUCCUUAGCUCUUGGCCCUUGUCGCUGUUGUUUACUGCAGAUAGAUACUGCCCAUCUGCAGGUGGCCCUGGGUGGCAGGGUGCUGGGAUGCAGCCCAGGGGCAGGGGGGCACAUCGGUCUCCAUACCUGCUGACUUGCAUGGGCUCCACUGCCUGUCUGACUCACGUGUCACAAUGGCCACUUGUGGCUCAAGGCCGUCGAAGUGGAGCUGGGUUUGUUUAUGUCACUGUCCCUAACCUCGCUUGCUGUGUGAUGGAGCCCCUUGGCUAGAUAGGUGUCACUUGAGGGAAGAUGGGCGGGUUCCAGCUGGUUACCAGAAAAUAAUUUUUUCUUACCUCCUCUUCCUGUAUUUGAUAGUCCCAAAUGGUUCUAAGGACAUCGGUCUUCUUUUCAUGUCUUACCAGGAGGCAAAUGGUGAAAGUUUACGGGGCAGAGGGCUAGAUGAUUGCCUGCAGCAGUAUGUUCACAAGUUCGAACGGGAGAAGAUAAACGGAGAGCAGCUGCUGCAGAUUUCCCAUCAGGAUCUUGAAGAGCUGGGGGUCACGCGAAUUGGACACCAGGAACUCGUGUUGGAGGCUGUCGACCUUCUCUGUGCACUGAAUUACGGCCUUGAAACCGAUAAUAUGAAGAACUUGGUUCUGAAACUGCGAGCAUCUUCGCACAACUUACAGAAUUACAUAAGUAGCCGGCGGAAAAGUCCGGCUUACGAUGGGGACACUUCCCACAAGCCCCCCAACGAACUCCUGACCUCUGUGGUGGAGCUAAUCGGUGCUGCUAAGGCCUUGUUAGCUUGGCUGGACCGGGCUCCAUUUACAGGGAUCACCGAUUUCUCGGUAACGAAGAACAAGAUCAUUCAGCUCUGCUUAGACCUGACCACUACAGUCCAGAAGGAUUGCCUUGUAGCAGAAAUGGAGGAUAAAGUUUUAGCCGUAGUCAAGGUUUUAAAUGGCAUCUGUGACAAAACAAUACGAUCUGCUACAGAUCCUGUUAUGAGCCAGUGUGCGUGUCUGGAGGAAGUUCACCUGCCAAACGUUAAGCCUGGGGAAGGCCUGGGCAUGUACAUCAAAUCAACCUAUGAUGGAUUGCACGUGAUUACUGGAACCACCGAGAAUUCUCCUGCAGACAGAUCUCAGAAGAUUCAUGCUGGUGAUGAAGUCAUUCAGGUUAAUCAGCAAACUGUGGUGGGAUGGCAGCUGAAAAAUCUGGUGAGGAAGUUGAGGGAGAAUCCUACUGGCGUCGUAUUACUGCUUAAGAAGCGCCCCACGGGCUCUUUCAACUUUACCCCUGCCCCCCUGAAAAACCUACGGUGGAAACCACCGCUGGUGCAGGUAUCCGUUACUGGUUGUGAACUUCACCUGGUGUCAGCAUGUGAACGGCGUCAUCGUUGUUGGCCUACAGAAGUGACAAAAUUGAAGACCUCACCUCCACCCACGACAACCCAGUCCCCUGAAAGCACAAUGGAUACCUCGCUGAAGAAGGAGAAGCCCGCCAUCUUGGAUCUUUAUAUCCCUCCUCCACCAGCCGUUCCCUACUCGCCCCGGGAUGAGAACGGGAGUUUUCUUUAUGGAGGAUUCAGUAAGUGUAAACAGCCCUUGCCUGGUCCUAAGGGCUCAGAGUCCCCAAAUUCCUUCUUGGACCAGGAGAGCCGAAGACGGAGAUUUACCAUCGCUGAUUCUGAUCAGUUGCCCGGGUAUUCGGUGGAAACCAAUAUUCUGCCCACAAAAAUGAGAGAGAAAACACCGUCUCAUGGCAAGCCCCGGCCUUUGUCCAUGCCUGCAGACGGGAGCUGGAUGGGGAUCGUGGACCCUUUUGCCAGACCUCGAGGUCAUGGGAGGAAGGGUGAGGACGCCCUCUGCCGGUAUUUCAGCAAUGAGCGGAUCCCUCCCAUCAUCGAAGAAAGCUCCUCGCCCGCAUACCGUUUCUCAAGGCCCACAGCAGAGAGGCAGCUGGUCCGAGGCGCGGACUAUGUCCGAGGGAGCAGGUGCUACAUCAGUUCAGAUCUCCACAGCAGUGCCACGAUUCCAUUCCAGGAGGAAGGGACCAGAAAGAAGCCGGUGGCCGCGGCGGCCAAGUCCUCCUCUACAGAACCGUCCCUGCUGGUCAGCUGGUUUACCCGCCUGAAACUGUUGACUCACUGAGCCCUGCCCUCCCUGGACUCUUCCCUGUCUCCUGUUCCCAAGUGCCUGGCUUCCUCAGUUGACAACCUCUUCUGGUUUUCAUCCACAGUAUUACAUAGUGACCUUAUGCAAUUUCGUUGUUGUUUUUUUCUUUUGGAAGUUGUAUACUGCCCUUCUUGGAAUCUCGAAGUCAUUGGAUGGGAACAAAUCCAGAGGAUCUUAGGUGUUGGCUUGUGGAGGCAGAAGGAGAGAAAUGAGUAGAGUCGGCUUUUCUUGCUUCCUUAGAGUUGGAACACAGAGACGCUAUAUAAACUGGGGCCUUGGCCAGGGAUGGUAUGGCCAUUAUGAGGCCAUUGUCAGCUUGGGAGGCGGGGCCAAAAUUGGUGGCCGUUGUCACACAGAUGUGUUGGUUUGUGGUCCAGCUUCUUCACCUGAAAGAAAGCCAAGGGAGAAAACCUUUUUGUGUUGAUUUUUCAAGCUAUGUACUGUAUUCGUAAGUGUAGCAGCUUUGACUUUGAAAUAACAUGUAGCAUGUAUUUCAUGCUGUUUCAAAGCAGUGGGUUAAGUGUAGGCCUGUUACACUUGGUCAUACCCUUGUCAUAACCAUCUCCGUAGAUAAGUCAAUUAAUGCAGAAACACGUGAACACAUUUAGAUAGGGCUUAUUACACACAAGGAAGUUCAUGGUUAUUUGUGAGGGGGGUGUUAUACGUUAUUGUCUUUAAGGGAAAGAAGCUAUAAGAUUUGCUGACAGCCAAAGUAUCAUGCAGAAAAAUGAAGCAACAAUAUUUAGGUUUAUGAGAGAUACAUCAGUUUGCAUUUUGACUGUUUAAUGCCUGUCUUCCAGAAAAAAAAAGGCAGUUCUUCAAAAUUGUACAUAUUUGCUAAAUAGAAAUCUCUUGGAAAGUCUCACGGUCACUCAUUUUCAACUAGCAUCAGGUAUUUUGGAAAAGUGUGUCUGGAUAUUAACUCUUGUUUAAACUGAAUGUAUGAUAUUUUGUUAGAACAGAAAAGUACUAUCUUGUUAAUUUAAGUGUUUUAAAUAUAGUUGUAUAUUUUUCUUACUCUUAGUCACAUGUAAUUUGAAAUAUCUUUGUUUUGCGUCUUACAUGAAGUUAAUGAAAAAGAGUGUUCAAGGUGUUUUCAGAUUUAUAAGUGACCACUGUGGCCGAUGCCAGUGUGGGCGCUGUCGUUAAAAAACAAAAUAAACCUUCCCAAGCA